AUGGAAGCUGAUUUGGUUUACUUCAAUGAUAUCAAUCGUCUUAUGCAAUCACUUCACAUCAGUUACAAUCCAGAGGAAUGGAGGUUCUUCAUUGAUUCCUCGAAGACAAGUCUCAAAGUAGUUUUAUUACACAAUGCCGCAAUCCAUUACUCCACCGUGUCCGUUCCCCUGACUCCAUAUCUAUCUAUCUAUCUAUCUAUCUAUCUAUCUAUCUAUCUAUCUAUCUAUCUAUCUAUCUAUCUAUCUAUCUAUCUAUCUAUCUAUCUAUCUAUCUAUCUAUCUAUCUAUCUAUGUUUUGCGAAAAUUUUCCCGCACUGCUGCAUACAUCAUAUCUAUCUAUCUAUCUAUCUAUCUAUCUAUCAGUUAUUCAUAUAUAUCUAUCAGUUAUUCAUAUCUAUCUAUCUAUCUAUCUAUCUAUUAGUUGUUCAUAUCUAUCUAUCUAUCUAUCUAUCUAUCUAUCUAUCUAUUAGUUGUUCAUUAUCUAUCUAUCUAUCUAUCUAUCUAUCUAUCUAUCUAUUAGUUGUUCAUAUCUAUCUAUCUAUCUAUCUAUCUAUCUAUCUAUCUAUCUAUUAUUGUUCAUAUCUAUCUAUCUAUCUAUCUAUCUAUCUAUCUAUCUAUCUAUCUUCAUUUGUUCACAGUUAUAUCUCUACUUUAACUGCCAUCUGUUACAUCACUUAUUAUAGUAAAUUGAAGACACUUGUCAGUUGUUCAUAUCUAUCUAUCUAUCUAUCUAUCUAUCUAUCAGUUCUUCACAUCUAUCGAUCUCGGGCUGUUAAUAUCUAA